AUGGUGGUGUUUGUCGAUUAUGACCAUGAUGCGUUCCCCAGAGCCCAUGAGGGCACCUAUCAGGCGUAUCUUCAGCCGGAUAAGCCUGCGUUGUCGAAGUUGAAGGCUGUUGACUCUGAUCUGCCAACUCAUCAUGAAAAUGAUCAUUCGAUGCACGAUCAUGCAAAGAAUGACGGCUCUCAUAAGAUAGUGAAUCGUAAUGGAUUUUCAGCUGCUUUGAAUUGCUAUCCGAUUGUCAAGGAAAUCGCCCGACAAGUCGAUCUCAAUACACUCUAUGCCCUCUCCCGAACUUGCCGUCAGUUUCAUGCAAAUCUAGCACCAUAUCGCCAUCAGCUGGUGAAGCAGACCCUUCGUUGCGAGAACGAGUAUGUUGAGACUUUGUCGGAUCUCUUGGAUGGCAGGGCGGCCAUUCCUGACAGCGUGAGAUCUGUGCUCCGACUUGUGAGUCAGGGAACCCUGACUGCCGGUAGACUGGUCAGGGGCAAGGUUGGUAGAUGUGCUCGGGACAUGGUAGCGGAGUGUCGGAGAUGCUCCAGGAUCAUAUGCAGGAAUUGCACCAUCAAAACCCCUCCAAGAAAUAUCCUCAAAGAUCGCGUUCGUCGCCUAUGUACUACCUGCCGUACAGCACCCUUGGCCGCCCAUCUUACCCGGAGCCGGUCUAGUACAACUUCGUCUGAAACCCAGGUUCCGCCAGACCUUUCCAGUUUCACGGCAUCAGCUUUUAUCCAUUCACCAUGUUCGUGCGAAGAUAUGGUAUGGCUUUGUUACCCAUGCGGAAAGACUCUACGCAGUAGCGACACUACUUACCGCCGGGGGUGGACCUGGCGCACUCGGUAUAGCACAUAUCUUGGAGGGCUAGGCACUGGGAUUGGCGAGGGAUGUCAAGGGGUGAAAUGUGGGAGAGAAGAGGAUUGUUUAGCUGCUCAGGAGAUUGAGCUGGAAGUGGAGUGUGAGGCCGACGAGUGGUCACCCUCACGAAGUUCGCACAACCAUCAUCACGACGAUGCGCGCAUAGACGGUCACCUUAGUUUCCAGGAUGAACUUCUCGGGGAUCAGUCCUUAGAAAGAACUAACAGUCGUGAUGAAGAAAAGCCGGGGUACUUCAGACAGGAAAUCAUCGGGAUCGGCGGACGAGUCAAGCAAAAAGCGAAGAAGCGCGUCACUGUCGGAGCUUGUGUUGUAGAAUACGAGGAUGAGCGUGAUACUGGUCAAUAUUUGACUCGAGAAGAGCAGGGAUUGAAUCGGAGCUGGUGCGGCUGGUGCUGCAGGGUUAUCCCGUCCAAGGAUGACCUGGCUUAUCCAUUGUCUAUGCAUUGA